CGGCAAAAAUUCUUGCACCGGCCCUGAGCUCGGUGGAUCUAAACUCAAGAGGCCGCAUUUGUUCAGAGCACCUGCCUUGCAAAGACUUUUCAUUGAGCUGCAUUGGACAGUCACAGAAAGUCAGGGCAGAGUUAGAAAGAGGAUUUGCGAAGGGCUGCAGACUAGAGAACUGCAGAUUUUGCAAGCUGUUUUACCCACAAAAAAAAAAGCAUAAUUAAAUGCAUGAAUGUUUUCAUUUGGUGUAUGUCUACUAAAUGGUGAUUUUUAAUUAUUUUUAACCAUCCCUCCUCUCCUUCAAGCUGCUCCCACCUUAUCAAUGCAUCACUGACCUCACAAUCAACCUCACAAACAAAGUUCUGAUGCUGCGCACCUUCAUUGCACUGUACAGGAAGAGACAGAGCAGGAGGCUUACAGAGCAGCAAACAUUGUCUUAUUUCAUAUUAUAUAGAUUCUGAUAUCUGUCAAACUUAAGAUGGAUAGACAGCAGAAACAAAACAGAGAGCCUACUGAGUGCCAGGAAAUGGAGCACCAGGAGGAUAAGUCCUACAUGCCGGGCACUGUGUGUUUUAGCCAAACUCCAAUUGUGAGAUUUAGACCAAAAGCUGUCAGUGGAGAGCCAUGUCCUCACGAGGUGGGGGAACGUUACCACCUUUCAUAUAAGAUGGGAAUUGGAGGAUGUCGCCUGAUUAAAGACAUUCUGUGCACUCAUGGCUUCCAGGAGGUUGAAGCCACCAGCACAAAUUUCAAUGUGCUGUGGACAGGGCCCCUCCAGAAACUUAGUCUUAUAGCAAACCUUUCCAGCUUUCAGCAAAUUAAUCACUUCCCCAAAUCGAAUGCCCUGGGCCACAAGGAUCAACUGUACCAAAAUCUUCAAAAGCUGAAGAAAAAACACAGCAACCACAGUUUUGACUUCCUGCCCGAGAGCUAUGUGCUUCCUGGCCAGUACCGGGAAUUCUGCAAAGCUUUAUUAAAAGAUCGAGGUAUUUGGAUUACAAAACCAGUGUCUUCAUGUGAGGGUCGUGGAAUAAACCUUAUUAAAAAUCCACCGAAAAUGAUGGGGAAAGAUAAGAUCCUGUUCUCCAAAUAUAUCAGUAACCCCCUCCUCAUAGAUGGGCUUAAAUUUGAUCUCCGCCUCUACGUGCUGGUCACAUGUUAUGAUCCAUUAAUUAUUUAUUUAUAUAAGGUUUGCAACUGAAAAGUACGGACUGACAGAAAAGACCUUGAGCAACAGGUUUAUGCAUUUAACCAACUACAGU